UGGCAAUGAAAACCAUUCUUGAACUUGAUUUAAACUAUAAAAGCGAUAUCGUGGCAGGGCCUAUAUAGUUGUGAUCGAGGAAAAGCACCGGUGAACUGUACCCUUUUUUGGGCUAAACUUUAGACAAGAAGAAUUGGUGUAAAUGUUGGAUCAUAGAAAAGAUACAAACAAGUCUACAAAGAGGAAAAUGACUCCAAGAGGCCGCGGGAUGUUAUUGAAGCGAUCUCCCAUCAGAGCGCCUUAUGUCAGCUAUUGUGUGGUUCUGGUUGUCACGAUGACCAUGUUGCUAACAGCCUUCUACGUGAACUCACCGACGCCUAACGGCAUCAAGAACCCAUGGAAGUACCGGUGUUUUCUAGCCGGCAAGCGAGUCGUGGCUGAUAUGGCUAAAGUACUGUCCCUGCUAACGUCCACCUCUUACGUCAACAAUUUUCGGUUCUUGAUGGACAUCUUCGUUCGACCGACGCCCCUGGAAAUGCCUGGGUCGAACAUCCGGGCUUCCGUCACAACUUUUGGCGGGGUCAAAGUUCGCCUUUAUCAGCCAAUCAGGAGAGAGCCCGGACGUGGGCCGGCGCUGGUCUAUGCACACGGAGGGGCAUUUGCAAUUGGAAGUGCCGCCUCCUUUGAUCCUGUAACAAGACGCAUAGCCGAAGCGUUGAACUGUACCGUCGUGUCAGUAGACUAUCGCCUUGCUCCCGAGCACCCCUUCCCAGCCGCAUUCGAGGACAUCCUCAACGCCUCUAAGUGGUUCAUGGACCACGCCCACGACUUUGGCGUAGACCGUUCGCGAAUCGGCAUCGCUGGGGACAGCGCCGGCGGCACGCUGGCCGCAGUCGUGUCACAGGAGUUGCACGACGACCCUGCCUACCCGGACUUUGCCUUCCAGGCACCCAUCUACCCACUGACCCAACUCAUCGACAGCCUCACCCCAGGAACGCUCCACUCCAAGCACCAUUUCGGUCGGGACGGAUCCAUCGUGACAUGGGACGAAGCCGCCAUGUUUUGCAGUCUUUACUUAACAGGCGGCGAGCACGCGAGACUGCAGCUCGCCCUCAUCCGCAACGUACACGUUGCCAUGGAGUUCAGACGCAGUGACGCGCCGCAACUGAAGUACGUCAAUCACUCCCUCCUACCUCCGCGCUUGCGCAGUUAUGACUUCCUGACGCCCUCCUCAAGCCAUGUCAACCACGGACAUCUUUCCGAGGCGGAGGGCGUAUGGAAAGAAAUCAAAGACAAAGUUCUAGACCCGCGAGUCUGUCCUCUGAUGAGGCAUAACAUGGGAGGGUUGCCGCCCACAUUUGUAGCUACCUGCGAGUAUGAUGCCGUGAGAGACCACGGAAUAUUCUACGCGAUGAGACUAAGAGAAGCUGGGGUACGAGUCCGUUGGGAGCAUUAUGAUGGCGGGUUCCACGGGGUUCUGGGUCCUUCGUGGCCCUUUGAGUUCGAAGUGGGGGAACAGAUGUUCCAUGAUUUCGGAGAUUUCGCCACAGAACAUCUCAAGUUAAAAUCAUGAAUGCUUAAUAGAGAGCAUGCUAGUGUUGCAACUAUAACACUGAAGUGUUUCAUCCCGAUCGAAUUUCAAACGUCAGAGCAUUCAAACAAAGUCGCUAUUAAUCGACUGAUUUUAUUUUUAAUAAACGUUUUAUCAUUAAAUUCUGUGAUCGAUGCAUUGACAAAUAAUUGAUAUAAAAGGAGUGAUGGGUCGUUUAUCUGAUCAAUGAACAAGAUAAUUGAUUGGUGAUCAAUUCA